CGACCGCAGCCUUGCGCUUCCCAGACACCCAGAGCAGCCCACCCGCACCUGAAGCUAGCCCGAUUGGGUACUCACCUUGAAUCUGGCGAGGCAGCGAAGCCAGUGACGACGACAACAGAGACCUAAACAACCAAAUUUACUUGCAAUAGUCCCAUCUUGACCCAACAACUGUUUUAGCACCAGCGAUACCCCACGGCCCCGAUUGCAUUACUUUGACAUCUCCCUGCCGCCCGCCGCCCUCACCCCCGACGACAAGUGCUGCUCGCCCACUGCAACAUGCCCACCACAACCCAAGAGACGCUCUCGCUGGUGUCGCGCAGCGUCUCGGUUGCGCCCCUCGUCCUCCUCUCCGUUGUCGACCACUACAACCGUACCGAUGCCAACACGUCCAAGAGCAAGCGGGUAGUCGGUGUUCUGCUGGGGCAAAACGAUGGCAAGAAUGUGCGGGUGUCAAACAGCUUCGCAGUUCCCUUUGAGGAAGACGAGAAGGACCCCACAGUCUGGUUCAUCGACCAUAACUAUAUCGAGAACAUGAACGACAUGUUCAAGAAGGUCAAUGCGAGAGAGAAGCUCAUAGGGUGGUACCAUUCCGGCCCCAAACUGCGGGCCUCGGAUCUCGAAAUCAAUGAGCUCUUCAAGCGCUACACCCCCAACCCAUUGCUGGUCAUCAUUGAUGUCCAGCCAAAGGAGUCGGGCGUGCCCACAGACGCGUACUUUGCUACGGAGGAGAUCAAGGAUGACGGAACCACCGCUUCCAAGACCUUUGUCCACAUACCGUCCAUCAUCGAAGCUGAAGAGGCCGAAGAAAUCGGUGUCGAGCACCUCCUCCGCGACAUUCGUGACGUAGCCGUCGGCACACUAUCCACCCGCGUGACGAACCAGCUCCAGUCCCUCCAAGGCCUCCACUUCCGCCUGCGAGAUAUCCAAAUCUACCUGCAAAAGGUCCUUGACGGCGAGCUCCCCGUCAACCACACGAUUCUCGGCAACCUGCAAGACAUCUUCAACCUGCUGCCCAACCUAUCGACGCCCAAAUCCGGCGGCAAGGCCGACAGUGACCUCCAGCACGCCAUGAGCAUCAAGACCAACGACCAGCUCAUGGCCAUCUACCUUAGCAGUUUGAUUCGCGCCAUCACCGCUUUCCACGACUUGAUCGAAAACAAGAACCAGAACAGGCAGCAGGCCGAGGAGAAGGAGGCGGCCAAAAAGGAGGAGGCGGCGAAUGGGAAGGAUGGGGAGAAGAAGGAGGGCGGCCCAGCGGCGAACGGGGAUGCCAGGGAGGGAGAUAAAGAGAAGGAGGGCAAGGAGAAGAAGAAGUAAAUACUCUGAGUGAGUGGACCUAGGGGUCUUGGACGGCGAGCACUGGGACUCAGAGACAAGCCCGCAACCACAUACAAAUGAAAUGAUUGUACGAAGAAGGAACCAUAGAUUUUGCCCGAUGAUGGGGACACAGUGGGCGUGUUAUUAAUAUUUAACGAUGCCUCGUUUCUAAGCCGUGUUGCUUUGAAUCACAACUAAUGACCACGAAGGCCCAGUUCUACA